UUUAGGUGUGGGAGCAGAGCUCUGCAUGCGUGAGUCACAGUAAACAGACUCUGUUCUCACAGGAAGAGCAGACAGAAACACUCUACUCUGCCUUCAGGCAAAACCCAGAGUCUUUCAAAGGGAUUCAGAAGAAGAAUGGAGACUUCAGAGGAACACUAUUAUGACUACCCUGAGUACGAAAACAACGGCUCCAACUUCAGCUAUGAUGACUAUCAAACCAUCUGCGAGAAGGGCGAUGUGCGUUCCUUCGCGAGGAUCUUCCUCCCAGCUGCUUUUGUGUUAUCUCUAGUGAUUGGUUUAGCCGGCAACGCUCUGGUUGUGGCUGUGUAUGCGUACUGCAAGCAACUGAAAACGAUGACUGACACAUUUAUACUUCACCUGGCUGCGGCAGACCUGUUGCUUCUCCUAACGUUGCCCUUCUGGGCUGCCGAUGCCAUCCACGGCUGGGAACUAGGGAUCACCGUCUGCAAACUCGUGUCUGCCCUCUACACCAUCAACUUCACCUGUAGCAUGAUGCUGCUGGCCCACAUCAGCGUGGAUCAGUACUUGGCUUUGAGUCCAGGAGCCAGAAGCGCAGGCAUUACGUGCGCUUUUCAAAAGAAGCACAGCAGAAAGCUCUGUUUCGCGGUCUGGACCGUCGCGUUUUUCCUCGGCAUCCCUGAUUUGGUGUUUUCGACAGUCAGAGAGCUUCCUCAUAAAAAAAGCUGCAUCGCGAUGUACCCAUCGGACAUGGCACACAAGGCUAAAGCUAGUUUGGAAGUGGCGGAGGUCGUAAUAGGCUUCUUGCUUCCUUUAAUAGUGAUGUUGUUCUGCUACACCUGUGUAGGCCGAGCCCUACUGAAGCUCCCUCAGGAGAGGAGAUGGAGGAAGUGGAGGUCCAUCCGUGUGCUGCUGGUGAUGGUGGGUGUCUUUGUAGUCACACAGCUGCCAUACAACGCGGUCAAGUUCUGCCGGGCCAUGGACAUCAUGUAUACAUUUGUGACUCACUGCAGGGUUAGUAGAGAGCUGGACAGGGCUACUCAGGUCACCGAGAGCCUGGCGUUGACACACUGCUGUCUAAAUCCUGUUCUGUACACUUUCAUCGGUUCCUCCUUCAGACAGCAUAUAUUGAAGUGUGCCAAAGCCUUUGGAGACAGGGGGAGGAGGUUGACACGUGCCAGAGAGCAACAGGAAGUGGCUAUCUCCUUGAAUUCUCAUUCACAGUCCCAAGAGACAAGCACUUUUUCCAUUUGAGCAAAUUAGAGUAGAUGUUUACCAGCCUGUGGAGCACCAUCUGCCCCUUUACAAAAUAUACACAAAGUAAAAGCGGAGGAAUGUAUUUCUUAGGCACAAGGCAGCAUUUUGACCAGAUGAGCAAAAUUAAAAUUUAAGCAAAAGCUAGAUGCAAAAUGUCGAUAGUCGCGUUUGUACGAAGUCUCUUUUAUAGUCUUUGGUAUGAAAGUAACGGAAAGCGAACAAGUCUGUGGAGUGAUACUAAAUCCGCCGGACUAUUAGCGGACUGAUGGUGAGUUCAAGUACUACUUCACCAAUAAUUACUUACUGGUGACUUCAAAUAGCUUUUGUCGAAGCAAGAUGGCAAUGUCGAAUGUUUUUUGUCUUCUUUUUUCGCAUAUUAUUCAACAAGAUUUUAACUGUACAUCUACACAAUUAUUAAUAAAGAAUAGUUUACACUC